AUGAAAACUGUACAACCACGUACAGAAAAAUAUGAAGAACUCAAAUCAAAACCAACACUUAGAUUUGUACCAACUAAUACUUUAGAUGAGAAGCGAGAACCAAUUUUUGUAAAAGGCAUAAAAUUAAUUAGUGAAGACUUCAAAGUGACUCAGACUGCUGCAGAUAAGACUGAUGUUAUAUCUAUUGGAAGUGUAGAAGUACAUAGGAAAAAUAAAAGACAUGGACCUGCUAAUGGAGAGACACCAAAAUCUUCAAAGAUUUCUACCUCAACACCAAAGAAACCUCUUUCUUCUCCGCGAAAGCCCCCAAUAAAAAAUGGAGUGACAUCACCAACAAAGACAAAAAUUCCACCAAUCAAAGCACCUGUUGGUCAAACCCCCAGUCCCAACGUGAAGAAUGUUACUUCAAAAAUAGGAUCUUUUCAAAAUAUGAAACAUAAACCAGGAGGAGGAGAAAAGAAAGUUGUAACGCAGAAGCUCGAGUGGAGUGCAACUUCUAAAGUGGGUUCUUUAGAAAAAGCUACUCAUAGGCCAGGUGGCGGUGCAAAAAAGAUUCAAACUCAAAAGUUAGAAUGGAAAGCUGAAUCCAAGGUUGGGAGUAAGAGCAACUUGAAACACUCGCCAGGGGGAGGAAAAGUUAAGAUUGAAAACCGGAAAAUGGAGUGGAAGGCCACAUCAAAAAUUGGUUCAUUGGAUAACAUAGAACAUAAACCUGGUGGUGGUGAUGUUAAAAUAAAAUCAGAGAAACUCAAUUUUCGAGAAAAAGCAUCACCGCGAAUUGGAUCCGUUUCUGAGAGAGGAAGCAGUGUUGGUUCUGAAACACAGAGUCCAGUUCCUUCGGUAUCACCGCCACCAAGCGAGCCCCCUACUGAAAUACAUAUUACCGAAGCGCCACCUGUGGAGAAGAACCCACCACCACCUCAAGAAAAUGAAGACAACUCUAAAUCGGUUGUUCAGCCUACAAGUCCAACACCUGAAAAGGAUUCGAACGAAACAAUUCUUUCAUCCGAACCUAAACCGACUCCCGAGGAAGACACACCAGCAAAUACAGCAACCGUCAGUGAAAUCCCCGUCACUGCUACCGCGCCAUCUGUGGACGAAAAUAUUAAACAGGAAGAUACUCCACAAAGCUACUGAGAGAGAGAGAUAGAAGUUGGAGGUUGAAAGAAUAAAGAUAUCAUUCAAGCCUUGAGGGAAAGGGGUGGGGUGGGGACUAAUCUUUAAACUGUUAAAAACGUAAAAUGUCUUGGGAUCUUUCCCAGGUCUCUAAGCUCUGUUAUAUGUGUUUCAUUGUUUAUCUGUUUGCUGCUUAAUACCGUAAAGUUUUUGUUCUAUCUUACAUCAGUGUUUAUUAUAUGAUAGUGAUUGAAACUAGCGUUAAUCACCUGUACUUGUAGCUUCUGACAAACACGUAUGUUUAGAUACCAUUUUUGUUCCCACUGAAUGUGUUUUAUAGGAGUAAUGGUAAUUUACUUAGUACACCUAACUUCACUUGCAACAGGGCUAGUUUUUAAUCAUUCUUUCAUUCUAUAAUAUCUCAGUAAAGUUUUUCACCCACAUUCCUUUGUUGCUUAUUUUUAUUAUAUAUUUUACUUAUGGAACUCGGUUUGUUGAAAAAAUUACUCUUUAAUUACAGUUCUAUCACGAAAAGAAAAAAAACUUCGUGUUCCCUUGAGUCGGCCAUCUUUAGUUUUUGAUGGAAACAUCACACCGACAGUCUAAACAUAACUUUACUGCCAAACAAAAUGGACAAUGAAUUAGAAAAAUUAUCAUCAGUUUUACUUAUUAAAUUUUAGAAUGUUUUAUAACCGUUUUAAAUCAUCUUUAAUAAAUAACACCAGUUCGUUUCUUCAAAUUUUUAUCAAGUAUGAAUUUCUACCUUCAUUUUAUCGUAGUUCCAUAUUUCUCUUAUAGAUGUCGUUGAGGUUGAACUUCACCACUCCCACCGGAGAUAUGACAAAUAAUAUUAGUUAUAUAACUCGAUGUGAAACUUUCUAGUUAGGAACAAAAUGUAGCUAAUAACUGAACAAUGCUCACCAGGUUUCGAUACCCGCGGUGGGCAGAACACAGGCAGGCAGCCCAUUUUGUAACUUAGCAACAAACAGUAACUGAACAAAUUAAUUGUCAAGUAGUUAAUGAUGUACCGAGUUGAACCAUUUUGUUGUCUGCUGUUUGGGUCUCCGUAGUAACGAACCAUAGAAACCAAAUUGUUGUUAUCCUACUACUUUUAAAAAUAUGCCGAGAACACAUAUAUAGAGUAAGACAUUGUUUUUUUGUUUGAAUUCUGUCAGAAAUAAGAUGUUAGAAAUUUGUUUUUCUGUUUAGAGUUUGACUUUGAUAGUUCAAAAAUAGGAAAGUCGAACCCUAAAAUUCAGGGCUAAGGGGUGCUUUUCUGACUGUAAGUUUUUUUUUUUAUAGAAAGUGUUAAAUAUGUGUUAAAAACAUCCUAAGUAGGAAGCACACUUAUAGCUAGGGUUUUUUAAUAUUAAAUAAAGAUUUGCUAGAACGCUAAUUUAAUCUCUCAACAAUUGCUGACGUUUUAUCAAGGAGAACUGUGAUUCGUAGAGAAGACGAGUUUAUCGUUUCAAAAUGACCAUGGUCUUCAUCGUAGUGGUAGUUAGUAGGUCUCUUAACUGCGUUUAUUUGAAUACGAUACUAGUUCGUAUAAUUGUCGUACAGUAUGCACUGUGACAUCAUUAUCACGUUCCAAUUGGGCCAUUUGUUUAUGUUCCGUGAUGUAUAUUUCAGUUGAUGUUAAUAAAGCUUUGGCACAACAAAUUCUACUGGAUAA